AUGACGCAGUUUGCUGAUGCGGAUUCUGCAUUGCCAUGGAGAAAGGAUGCGGGUCAGAUGGGAAGGGAUGGCGAGUGGCUCACAACCCUAGCCCUUUCAAACCCAGUCACAACCCUAACCCUUUCAAACCCAGUCACAACCCUAAACCUUUCAAACCCCCUCACAACCCUAACCCUUUCAAACCCACCCACAACCCCAGCCCUUUCAAACUCAGUCACAACCCUAACCCUUUCAAACCCAGUCACAACCCUAACCCUUUCAAACCCACUCACAACCCUAGCCCUUUCAAACUCAGUCACAACCCUAACCCUUUCAAACCCAGUCACAACCCUAACCCUUUCAAACCCACCCACAACCCCAGCCCUUUCAAACUCAGUCACAACCCUAACCCUUUCAAACCCAGUCACAACCCUAACCCUUUCAAACCCACUCACAACCCUAGCCCUUUCAAACCCACCCACAACCCCUAACCCUUUCAAACCCACUCACAACCCUAACCCUUUCAAACCCACCCACAACCCCAGCCCUUUCAAGCCCAGUCACAACCCUAACCCUUUCAAACCCAGUCACAACCCUAACCCUUUCAAACCCAGUCACAACCCUAACCCUUUCAAACCCACCCACAACCCCAGCCCUUUCAAACUCAGUCACAACCCUAACCCUUUCAAACCCACUCACAACCCCUAA